AUGGGCCCAUCUACCCCAGAUGAGGGUUCUCAUGACCAUCUCCAGCUUCUUAGUGACGCCGUUUCCGAUACCUCGACUCCUCCAAGUUCUUUGAUAGAAGCCACGAGCCUGAAUUCAACACUCGCUACCCAGGAGACAACGUCAAACAUCCAGUCUGCGUUCUCAAGUCCUCUGCGCAUUACAACCCGUCAUGAUUUUUCUCUGGACGCCGCGACGAUUUCUCAAAAACUCAUUCAUGCUGUUCAGCCGUGCCAUACCGAGACUAUAACCGAUUUCAUGCACAAAUGCGUCGAUCUCUUCAUGUUGUAUCAGUUUCCAAACACACCAAUCGCGCAUGAACCAACGCUCCGGUCAGCAAUUGCACUUUUCGAUCGCACUUCGGUGAUGUUGCUCGCAUCACCGCCCUACGCCGACUCGACCUCUGUCGAGCCACUGAGACGAUUUACCCUGGUCACGGCUAUCUGUGCCCUUGUCAUCUCUGUCAUGCCUCGAGAGCUACUUGACUCCCCCAAGGACCUUUUCUGGCCAUACUACUACGCAUCACGAGCAAUGCUGAGGCUCUAUGAGGAAUAUGACUUGGAAUUUCCCGACUGGUCCUCAUUCUGCAUUCGGACAUGGCACUCGGCAGGAUUGGAGAACACAACGGGUCGAGACGUAAUCUCUUCACACAUACAUCGCGAAGGGACUUUCCUAGCACUGAAAGCUCGAAUCUAUGAUGAGAAAGUUAUCGGCUCCCUCCUUCCCGUUGAUGCACGGCUCCUACGCAUGAAUUGGUGGCUGUCGUACCUGGCCGAUAAGACUGCAGCAGCUUUCGACAAAGUGCCGUAUGUCAUUAGCGAUGGAUUUUGCGAUGACAGAAUCACGAUUGACGAGGAGAAGGAACACGAGAAUCUUCUUCUCGACCCGUCUAGGCCAUGGAACCAGAAUCGCUUUGAACAUAGGCUCCUGCUCGGUUUUCAAUUUAAAAGACGUCUAUGGGCAGCAGCCGCAGACGUAGUCCACGGGAUCAGACUGCACUCAAAAAAUCAUCGAUCUGACUUUGCAGACAGCAGGCCAGAUCAACAGUCCACUGAAAAACUCUAUGGUCUGUAUCUACAUUUUUGUGGUAUCAUCGAUGACCUUCCACAAUGUUUGCAAUUACCAGACGCUGCGGCUGGGCCCGUGGAGCCGGAAGUCGUGCAGUACCAAGCCUUGAGUUUCUGGGCCCAACGUAGUAAUAUACUCUCUGUGUAUCACUGCAUGAGAAUUGUCAUACUACAGUUAUGCCUUGACGCCGAUCUUGCUGAGGUGGUAGGACUUAAUAAUAUGCCAAUCUCGUGGGCCAUGCGUAAACUUGAGAUCUGCCAAGAUUUCCUUCGCGAGUUAUCACUCAUACCAUUCAAUUGUUACAGAGUCCAAGGCGAACCUGCAGUCGAGCGAGUCCGUAGGGUUGGAAGCAUUCUGCUGGCCGUCGUGAACGAUCCGCCUACCCCGCCAAUUGAGAAAAGAGCACGCACCCAACUCGAGAAGCUGUUGGACAUCCUUUCCAGUUUGGACUCGAGAGCAACCGACCAUCUUCAGGAUCUGGAGAAUAAUGCCAACAUCUGCUCAUGA